UAUGAACUCUAAAACUUCUGAUUAUGAAUAUAAUAAUCCAUAUUUUCAUCAUCGUUACGACCACAUGAUCAUGAGAAACUCUUUGGAUCUUCAAUCGUGGCCGACUACUGAAAAACUACAAGAGAACGGAGAUGGUCAAGCAUCUUUAGAAGAAAAGCAGGAUAAGUCGAAUGAAUUACCAGAACAAAAAUCGCAUGAAAAAGAUAUUCGUUUAGGUGACAUUUUUGCUUCAUUUGCGAAUCAUACCUCCAUGCAUGCUAUUCCAUAUAUAUUACGAGCUAAAACAUUAGUUGCUAGAGUGCUUUGGACUGUUGUAUUUCUAGCAGGAUCAGGAGUUAUGAUUUGGCAUUUAGUAACUCUAACACAGAAAUAUCUAGACUAUAAUAUAAAUUCCAGGCUUACCAUUAAAUAUGAAAAUCUUAUCAUUCCUAGCGUCACGGUUUGCAAUAACAAUCCUUUUAGAAAUUCUUUGCUAACCGAGGAUAACGUUCCAAGAGAUUUUUUAAUGUUCGUUGAAAGUAGAAAAUAUGAUACCAGUUAUCAAACAGACAAAGGCAAUAAUAAGAGCAAGAGGAGAAAGAAGAGAGAAAUUCCCAUUCAGCGUAAUCUUCAUGAAAGAAAGCCUCCUAGAACAUCGCAGACAUACCAAGAUAGAAUAUAUCAAGAUUCUAUUAUUGCGACCCGCAAUAUUCCAAAAACUUCCCCCUCUGUAUCCCUUUUGGAUGAGAUUGGUGACAAUGGAGGAAAAGCUAAUGAAACAACCAAACUUCCAUCAUUUACAACAAAAUCAUCAACUAUCUCAGAUGAUACUCAUUCUUCACAAAUAAAUUCAUCAAAUGAUACAACAAAUAAUCAUUAUAAUUCCAACUUUUCUACGGAAACUGUUACUUUUGAAGUAACAACUAAUAAGGCAACGACCGCUGAAAACUAUACAGACGUUUACAAUCCUUCUAUUAUUUCUCUGGAACAAUUCACUGAAAAUGAUAAAAGUUUCUUUGGAAGUGGAAAUAUCUCCGAAGCGUAUAGAAGAGAGGAAGAAUAUGCUUCAAACCUAAGAAAUCUAACAGUUAAACAAAGAAUAACUAUUGGUCAUGAUAUUAAGUCUUUGGUGGUUGAUUGUUCAGUAAAUGGUAUUGAAUGUUCAGAGAAAAAUUUUUCCAGUCAUCUUUCAAAAUCGUUUGGAAAUUGUUUUACAUUUAAUGAUUUCAAAUCAGGACAACCUCCACUACAAAUUCGUGGAAGUGGUACGACUUAUGGUCUUAAUCUUCUCAUUUAUAUUGAGAGAAAUGAAUAUGUUGAAGGAUUGCAUAAAGGCGAAGGAGCUACCUUUGAUAUUCAUCCAUUUGGAACCAAAUCGAAUGUCCUUGACCAUGGACAAUCUCUAAAUCCUGGGAUGGAAGCUUACGUUUCAAUACAGAUGAAAGAGUUAACAAGGUAUAAAGGCCAUAGUCAUUCAUGUUUUAAAAAGGACAAUUACAAGGAUCUUGGUUAUAAAUAUACACAGACAACCUGUAAUUCAAUUUGUUUAGAUCAAUUGAUAGCUGAAAAAUGUAACUGUUAUAGACCCGAGAAUAUUGAAAAUUACAACUAUGAACAGACGACCAAACCUAGCUGUGCUUUUGAUUAUAAUCUUGAAAAUUGUCAAAAACAAUUAAAGAAGAAGGUUCUAAACGGAGCUUUGAACUGUUCUUGCGAAGCGGCGUGCCAUUCUAUAGAUUAUGAUUUGGAAUUAUCUUCCAGUAAUUUUCCACCAGUUGGUCUAUGGUAUGAACUUGUAAAUAAAGUUUGUCAAAGAAAUCCUAUAGGGUGUGAGUAUUUAAAAAAAGAGGGUAAGGAUAUCAGUAAAAGAGAGAAGAUAUUAAGGGAGAAUUUCAUUCGACUUCGAUUAUAUUUUAAGGAUCUUAAUAAUCAAUUUAUAGAAGAGAAUCUGGAAUACGACACCUCUCAAUUUCUAUCAGAUUUUGGUGGACUUAUAGGAUUGUGGAUUGGAAUGAGCGUCAUUACUAUAAUAGAAAUUGGUGAUUUGCUAAUGGCAUUAAUAACUUUCACUGUAGCUUCUUUAAAGAGAGAUAACUAUUUAUGGAGAAGAUCCUCCAAUUAA